GGCCGUCUGCUAUUUUUGCCACGUCUGUGAGAAAGUGACAGAUGUCUGUGUUCGAUUGUGUUCGUUCGUUCUGUCACGUUUCGUUCUCCCGCUCCCGUAUUAUUCACUUUGUAUCAGUAGUUAUAAACUGCAGUUUGUAAUUAAGCUCAGCUCUUAGAAUUUCCGCGAUCUCUUAAAAUUGUAUACAACGGUUUGUGUUACAGAGCUCUUUUUCUAAGGUCGAAUUUGUUUGUCUUUUCGUUCCAGUGACGCACAAUGUAAAAUCCUUUUGCUUAUUAUAGUCUUCCUUGUUAUUGCUUUAGCCUGUCCUUGCUAAGGUGCUGUGUGAACAUUUUGAUACCCCAUAGAUUUACAUCAGCAUAAUAGUCAUGUACCUGACAACUGUGAUUAUGAAUCUCUCAAUAUUCGUCAUGCCUUCUGUACUUGGAGCUGCAAAUUUGAAGGCUUAGCCAUUAUGAAUUCUUUCCCUAAUGUGAAAUUCAAAUCAUCUAACAAUCUUAGAAAAAGAAUUGUAGGAAAGAAAAUGGGUCCCCAGACAGAGGACAACAAUUGUGAAGUCAUUGAAAUGAUUGAACAAAUUCCUACAUCUGAUACUAACAAAGAUGAUGAUUGGGAAAAUAGUGAAGAAGGGGAAUGUGAAGUCAUGCUGAAGACAUCAUCACCAAAGGCUAUCAAUGAUGAUAUUGUUGAAGAAAUUGAAGAAGGCUUCUGGCUACUUGCCUUUCAAGUAUUCUUUCCAUUUCUCAUUGCUGGAUUAGGGAUGGUGGGAGCUGGGAUUGUGCUUGAUAUCGUUCAGCAUUGGAAUGUCUUCCAAGUGGUAACUGAGCUUUUCAUUUUGGUGCCAGCUUUAUUGGGGCUCAAAGGCAAUCUUGAAAUGACAUUGGCUUCUAGGCUGUCUACUCUAGCGAAUCUUGGCCUAAUGGAUUCGCCAGAUCAGCGCUGGAGUUUAAUCAAAAGCAAUUUAGCAUUGAUACAGUGUCAGGCAAUUGUCGUGGGCUUUCUCGCAUCAAUAGCUGCGGUUAUCAUGGGUUGGAUUCCCGAAGGCACAUUUGACAUUUAUCAUGCAUUGCUCAUUAGCGCAAGCGCUGUACUUACUGCCUCCUUUGCAAGUUUUGUUCUCGGUAUUAUUAUGGUGGUUGUGAUAAUUAUUUCUCAUCGUUUCAAAAUUAAUCCGGACAAUGUAGCGACCCCAAUUGCAGCCUCGCUAGGAGAUUUGACCACUUUAGGGCUUCUGGCAGCAAUUUCUACUUGGCUCUUCAAUGCAAUCACAAACGUUGAAGCUGGUCUUUGGUGGAUAUCUCCAUGCAUUCUAUGUGCCUUUAUCGCCUUGCUACCAUGGUUGGUUUGUGUUGCCUCUUCCAACUCAUUAACUCGCGAAGUUUUGUCUUCCGGGUGGUCUCCUGUACUUGCCGCCAUGACAAUCAGCAGUAUGGGCGGAAUAAUAUUGGACUGCACAGUUAAGGCUUACAAUGGAAUUGCCGUGUUUCAACCUGUUAUUAACGGGGUCGGUGGUAAUUUGGUUGCCGUUCAAGCCAGCAAGUUAUCAACUUGGCUUCAUAAACGUGGACGACCCGGAGAAUUUCCCGUCAAUAGUGCGAGCGACAGAGUUGUAAGCUCAGUCUGUGUCAGCCCUAUAUCCGCUUUCUGUACGGGAGGAGUCCACGCUAAAACAGCUCGAGUUCUACUUUUACUUGUACUUCCAGGUCAUGUAAUCUUUACGCUUGCUAUAUACUACCUACAAGCAGGGCAUACUAGCCUUACUCCGGUGUUUUUUGUGAUCUACAUGUUUUCUGCUUUUCUUCAAGUAUUAUUGUUGCUGUACAUCGGUCAUGUAAUGGUACUGUGGAUGUGGAGCCGCUCUAUCGAUCCAGAUAACUCUGCGAUACCUUAUUUAACUGCGUUAGGAGAUUUACUGGGAACAGCUUUUUUAGCACUUGCUUUUCAUAUCCUCUACUUGAUUGGUGAUAAAGAUAGCGAUGUCGGUGACUAAUUACUGCGCACAAUUUGACCCUAAAUGUAUCAAAAUGCUUAACCUGACCCUAAACUCACAAUGAGUAAAACUUUGUAUGAUAAUUUUGUUUACUAAAUCAAAUCUAUUUCUAUUGCUAUUCAA